GCCGCAACAAUCCCUACCACCAGAUCCAUGUCCGCUCUCCUCUCACCUAGUCCCAGCAGGUAGGUGCUUUCCGGAAGGCGCUGGUCGCUGCGCGCCGAUGGCCGACGACCACCCCGCGCAAGCUGCUGCCGCGGUCGCGUGCGGACGGGACGGACGCGGCGGGGAUAGCGGAGGGCGGGGAAGGGGCGAGCACGCGGCGCGCGGGGGCGAAGGGGAGGAGGGAGGAUAGCGAGGGGGAGAGGCAAGGGAAGGGGCGGAGGCGAGGCGUGGCGAGGGACGAACGGUGCGACGGACGAGGAGAGCGUGGCGGCGUGGGCGUGCGCGCGGCUGGGCGAGCCGAAGCGGGCGCUGAUGAGGCGAGCGGUGCACGCAGUGGGGGGCGACGCCGUUGCGCAGAUGCUGGUGGAGGUGGACGCGGUGCAGCGCUGUGGAGGGCAGCUCACGGCGGAUGGCAAGAGGCGCCGCACUCCGGGCGGCGUGUUCUGGAACGUUUUGAGGGCGAGAGUCAGUGCUGACGUGUACAUCGAAAUCAUGGCGCAGGAGAGAGACGUGCAGAAGCGGCGGGACAGAGGGCAGGCGCGCAAGAAGAGGAGGAAGCAGCAGCAGCAGCAGGGGAAGGGCGUGAGUGGGUCCGGAUGUCUUGCCUCCUGUAGUGCUGCCAGUGCCAAUAAGGAAGGCAGUGCGUUGGACGAGCCGUGGUGUGAUGCCAGCCAUGGCAGUGAUGGCAGCGAUGGCAUGAGCCUCUCGGUGGACGGCUUGAGUGAUGCUGACCAUGAUGCUCUUGAUGAUGCUCAUGCUGCCACUGAUGCUGCUGAUGUGGCGCAGGAUGCGUGGACUGGGCGGCAUGCAAGAAAUGGCAUGUCUGCCCAUGUGGAUGGCAGGCUGCAGGUGGGGCACGGCGUGAGGGUGCGUGGAGGGGACAUGGUGGAUGGCAUGGCGGCGAGGGUGCGGCUGGACGUGGCAGUGGCGUCGGGCGCUGUGAAGCAGGUGCACCACGCAUGGCGCUGCGCUGUCAUGGCAGGCGGGGGCGCAGGGGGAGAGGACGGCAGCAGGGGGGGCGGGGGAGAGGUGCUGGCAGUGGAACGGCAUGGUACACAUGCUGCUGCCAGCAGCAUUGCGGGUGAGGGGGCCGCAGUUUCGACCCCUCUGCCAUGCGAUGCCUCUGAGAGCACUGCAGAUAGACAUGGCAGUGCGGGAGGUGAGUUCGAGGCAGCAGCAGCUGUGGAAGCAGUGCACAGGGCAGGGGAGGGCGGGCAGAGGGUGCCUGUGAAGCAGCGCCUGCGCAUGCCAGUCACAUAUGAUGACGUGCCUCUUGUGGCUGAGGGAGCAGUUAGAAGCUGCCACGGUUUGAAGGAUGGCUGGUUGGUUCCAUGGAAGCUUCGUGUAGUAGAGUCGGUUGGUACGCUGCUGAAACUGGCAGAAUCGUCUCCAAGCAGUGUAAAACCUUGAACUGUUCGAUUUCAACAUCCAUCGAAAGAAGCAAUUAUGGUGGCUUUUGUGUAGUAUAAAUAUGUUACUGGAUCAGCUCUCAACUAGAGCUGAAACAUAGAAUGGACCACCAAUGAAGUGAUAUCAUGAUA